UUAAGACAUUAUUUGCAAACUUUUAAAGCUGCGAUAAAGAAUGAUAGUGUAUUAUUACCUCUAUUUGGUAUCACUCAACAUCCUAAAACAUCAGAAUAUAUGAUCGUUUCGGGAUACGCCGAAGGUGGUAGCUUAAAAAAUAAUUUGCAAUAUGUUCGCAAAUUAAGUUGGAAGAAACGUUUGGAAAUUUUGCAAGAUAUUACUGCUGGUCUUGCUGGUAUUCACCAAUCCGAUUUACUUCAUAAAAAUUUACAUAGUGGUAAUGUUCUCUUUUUUAAAUCCUUAAACGAAAAAUGCGAUGAUAAUUAUUCUUUGAUUGGUGACCUUGGAUUACCUCAACCACUUGAAAUUUAUCAUGAUAUACCACAAUGUUAUUCUUCUUUGAUGAAAAGAUGUUGGAGUAUGGACCCAUUUAACCGUCCUUCUGCAACUACUUUGUGUAAUAUUCUUAAUGACUGGUGCUAUUUUUAUGAUGAUAAUAUUAAAGACAUUGAAGAUAAAAAUAUUCAAUUACCUAUCAUGCAAUUUCAACAUGCUGACAAAAUAAUUCGUGCUCAGUCUAAACAUUCGAGCACUAGCAGUAAUUUCUAUGCUCCAUAUUAUACAAAUUUCAAUAAUUUUUCAAGUUACAAAUCUUCUACUUAUGACAAUAAAAAAGACCAAUCCCGUUAUUAUUAUUAA